AACUUAGUUUGGGUGUGCGCCGUAGUACAGUAGGAGGGACAUUCAUUACAAUAACUAGAGUUGGCGUAUUACGAAGAUUACGGUAGAGAGGCAGCUCAUGGGGUUUGCUUAUCAGUCGUGAACUUGCACACAGUAGGCCUAUGCGGUUAUAUGGUAAUCUGGCAAAAAGAAAUGACAAGUAGCCCAUAUCUGAUUGCAUAUUUUGCAACAGCAGUAAGGAAGCACAAGUAAAUCUCGACCCACUCGUUGAUGAAGUAUUAUCCUUUCAUCUAGAUGGCGCUGUCUGGAUGGAUUUGUUUGGUAACAGGAGCCUCAAGGGGUAUUGGUAGAGGUAUUGCUUUGCAGUUGUCAGAAGCCGGAGCGACCGUGUACAUUACUGGUCGUCAGGAGAACACCUUGAAGCUCACCGCAGCUGAGGUCAAAGAAAGAGGAGGUGAUUGUAUACCAGUGGUAUGUGAUUCCUCAAAAGAGGAUGACAUCGAGGCACUCUUUGAAAGAAUAAAACAAGAGCAAAACGGCAGGUUGGACAUCUUGAUAAACAACGCCUAUGCUGGAGUGCACGCCAUAUUUGACAACAUGGGAAAGAAAUUCUGGGAGACUGAUCCAUCCAUAUGGGAUGCAAUUAACAACACAGGACUGAGAGGCCAUUACUUUUGCUCAGUCUAUGCUUCCAGACUGAUGGUGGCCCAGGGAAAGGGCCUAAUCGUCAUGAUCUCUUCCAUGGGUGGACUGCGCUACCUCUUCAAUGUGGCCUAUGGGGUUGGCAAGGCUGCUUGUGACAGGCUUGCGGCAGACACUGCAGUGGAGCUGAAGAGCAGAGGAGUGGCAUCUGUGAGUCUGUGGCCGGGUGCGGUGCAGACUGAGCUGAUCUCUAAGAUGGUAAUCGAGAAAGAGACACCGCCCGGGGUUGACCCAAAGUUUAAAGAUGUGUUUGCCAAUGGGGAGACAACAGAGCUCAGUGGCAAAUGCAUUGUUGAACUGGCCAAAGAUAAGAACUUGAUGUCCCUCACGGGGAAGGUUCUAAUGACGUGUGACCUGGCGAGACGUUAUGGCUUCCAGGAUGUUGACGGACGCAGUGUAACUGACUUCACAUCCAUGAAGUUUAUAAUCUCACAGGUGCCUUACCUGUCUUGGCUUUCAUCCAUCACUCCGUCAUUCCUGCGUGUACCCAGAUUCAUGCUCACACUAGCAAAUGGACGCUUCUAAGUAAAUACAUGGUGGUGUGGAACAACAACAAUGGAACUAUUGAUUUAUGAAAUGUAAUUCUAAUACUUAUUUGGUAAUUUUCACAUUGUGUGCAAAAAGUCAAGACUGUCUAGAGGAAUGGAAGGCAGUAUGUUUUUUUUACAGUUUUAAAAGAAUUAUAGGAGCUGCAGCUUUAGCCCAACAGCCACAAACUGUAAAUGUUUUACUGUCUAAAAAGCUAUUUAACAUACGUAUAAUGGUAUGCUACAUGUCUGUUCAUUUAUAACAUUCCCAAGUUGUGCCUUCUGCAGAAAACUUCUGCACAUGUUAUGAUGAAUUCAGAGAUAAGUGAUAAGGAUUUACUGGACUCAGAAUAACUAGCCUUUUACAAUAUGUCUAAUUUGUACUACCUAUAAAAAAAAUAAAGUGGGGGUUCUCACACUCCAGUUCAAAUAUCA